AUGGGUCUCGGAAAAACCUUGUCCGUGAUAGCGCUUAUUGUUGAUGCAAAGCUUGCAAGGAAACAAAGGAGACGCGAUGGUAAGGAUGAACAGGAUAAGGAGCGAAAGCAGCGAAUUCGUGAAGAAGGGCUUGCGAGAGCGGAUGUUGUUAUCACUACUUACACUCUGGUUGCAAAUGAGAUAGAGAGGAGCACGAAAGGAAAGGGAGAGAGUCCGCUUGUUGACAUCCACUGGGGCCGAAUUGUACUGGAUGAGGCGCAUGCUGUGAAAAACAGGAAAACAAAGGCUUCCAAGGCUGUGUGCGCACUAACAGCUGAUGCACGAUGGUGCGUAACUGGGACACCACUGCAUAACAAUUUGUGGGAUUUGUACUCGUUAAUGAAAUUUUUAAAAGUCGAUUACUUCAGUGAGGAACGAUUCUGGAAAGAAUAUGUAGCGUCGGCGACAAAGAAAUCAGCAGAAAGGCUGAAUUUGCUAAUGAGAAACUAUGUGCUGAGGCGGGAGAAGAGCUUCCUAUCACCACUAUCGGAGAAGCCUCUUGUCUGUUUACUAAGAGCAGUUUUUUUUUUUUUAUACGAGUCGUUGGAUAAGUUUGCAUGA